AUGCCUGCUGGUGUGAAUAUAAUGCUGCGGAAAAAUAAUAUUCAUCACAAUAUGUGGACACUAGGCACAAUGAUCGGCGCAAUGCCCGCAGUGGCAGUUCGGCACGAGCGUCGCCGUGCCGAAAAGCGCACAAAGCGCCCGAACCAGCUGUACUUGGGCGGUGCGUGGUUGCCGGGCGCACCGCACCACAACGCAGCCGGCACGCCGAGCCCCUCGCCCAGCGGACAAUACGGGCCCAGUCCGGCGGGAUGCGACGGAGAUGGGCUGCCCGAGUACUACUUGUGCGGAAAGGUAUCAGCUCUUCAAGUAGUCGUAUGCCUCUUAUUGCUUGGAGCAAUUGUUCUCGUAGUUGGGCUUGUCCAGCUUAGCCCUGGUGCAGAGGCGGCUGACCAUAGAUACUUACUUCUUGGUGCCGGAGGAUCAAUACUGGUAUUGGGACUAAUUCUCACAGGUGUCAGAUGUUGUUGUCUGUCCUUCAUGAUGCGUCGCCCGAUAGCCACUCACGAUGCCGAUUGCGUCGGAGUUUCCGUGGCUCCGGAGCACCGAGCUAUUUCUUCCAUAGAUCGCCUAGUUUCCACAGAACAUCAGCCAACCGGAGAACAACCAGAACUGGACGCUCUCUUGAUCGGAUCACCAAAAGAGGCACCCAAAAAUGCGGACACAUAGGACAGGAUCACGACUAGAAAUGUCUAGAUAU